GAAAACGAAGUACGGCAUUCCUAAAAGGCAGUUUACCUUCCUCCUUGCUCCCACAGCUCUGCUACAACUGCAAAAUCUAAAGACCAAAGAUUCAUAGAGACCCGAAGCCUCGGGAAAAAGUAAGAAAGAAACGAUGGAGAAGGAAAGAGAGCAGCAAGUUUACUUGGCAAAACUAGCUGAGCAAGCUGAAAGAUAUGACGAGAUGGUCGAGGCCAUGAAGAGUGUUGCUAAGUUGGAUGUUGAGCUGACUGUGGAGGAGAGGAAUCUGUUAUCUGUGGGAUAUAAGAAUGUAAUCGGAGCACGAAGGGCAUCAUGGCGGAUACUGUCUUCAAUUGAGCAGAAAGAGGAGUCGAAGGGUAAUGAGCAAAAUGUGAAGAGGAUAAAGGAGUACAGGCAAAAGGUUGAAGAUGAGCUUGCAAAGAUCUGUUAUGAUAUAUUAUCUGUCAUUGAUGAGCACCUCAUCCCAUCUUCCUCAACAGGGGAAUCAACAGUUUUCUACUAUAAGAUGAAAGGAGACUAUUUUCGUUAUUUGGCAGAAUUUAAAUCAGGAGAUGAUCGUAAAGAAGCUGCUGAUCAGUCGCGAAAGGCAUAUGAGGCUGCCACCUCCACUGCAAACACUGAUUUGCCUCCAACUCACCCAAUUAGACUUGGCCUGGCUUUGAACUUCUCUGUUUUUUACUAUGAGAUUGUAAAUUCUCCCGAGAGGGCUUGCCAUCUGGCUAAACAAGCAUUUGAUGAGGCUAUUGCAGAGCUUGAUAGUGUCAAUGAAGAAUCUUACAAGGAUAGCACCCUUAUUAUGCAGCUUCUCAGGGAUAAUCUGACUUUAUGGACCUCGGAUCUGCCAGAAGGAGGUGAGCAAUCAAAAGCAGAUGAUGAACCUCAGGCAGAGAAUUAAUCGGUCGGAAGAGUUUUCAUUUAAGACCUGGUGUGUCGAGGUAUGAGAUGGCUUGCUGUUAAGAGUGACCUGCUUCCAACUCGUUUGUAGUAGUAGUACCGGGAUUUGUGAUGUGGGUUGUAUCAAUUUGUUCAUCAGAUGUUUUUCAGACUGUUACUUGACGAUCUCUCCUAUUUAAACAUGAUUGAAUCUGAUGUUUUAUAGUGUUAAGACUUC